AACUUUUUAUGGACAGAACAAGAGAAUUCAGAUCGCUUAUAACAACUACAAAUAUUAUGCAGAACAGGGUGGCACGUCCAGCACACCCAUCGAUUACAAUAAUACAAGACAUAAGCGCAGGUCUGGAAGAAUUAGAAGGCGCAGUAGCACAGAGAAGGAAGAUAAGUCCAGAUGAAAUCAGUAACAUUGAAAGGCUAUUAGAAUUUCUUUUUGAGCAGUUCACAGAAGAAAGCGGUGCAGAAGAAAUAUCUAAGUCAGUAGAAAUAGCGCUAAAACAUAAACACACCGGGUUUGUGCUAAGGCUUCGGAGCAUUCUAAAGAAGCACAAAGAAAAUGAACAGAGGAAAAAUGCCGCUCUAUACCAGGAAGAGCAGAGAAGAGCUCGACCGCAGAUGCCAGGUAUGCAGCAGGAAACAGGCUAUGUGCAGAGAGAAAUACAAAGAGAAGAGAUGAGCAGUAUUAGAAGAAGGGAGUUUGAGUCGCUAGAGCAGCACAUAAACGAGCUAGGGCAGAUGGUGACAGAAGUAUCCAUGCACAUUUCACUACAGGGAGAAAAAGUAGACUUAAUUGACGGAUUAUUUACCAAGGCGAAGUCUAAUCUGCGAGGCGGGUCAUAUGAGCUUAGAGGGGCAUUAGAUAAUGUGAACAAAAAAAGAAGAACAAUUUUACUGGUAUUUGGUGUGCUGUUUGGAAUAUUACUUAUCAAAUACCUUAGAUGGAUAUAAAAAUUAAACAGACAAAUUAGUAAUAGACAGCUAAGAAACAGACUAGAAUAUUAUAACUGGAAACCCCCGAACAAUCAACUAUUUAUUAAAUCCAUACCACAAAUGGAAAUGUUUUACCUAUUUAUACGGUUGAUCUGAAUAUAUAGCACUGGUUGCCAUGCGCAGUCACCAUGCAGUCAUCUUUUAUAGAGAUACAGGCAAUUUUCUUGUCUUCUAUAAUUCUUGUAGCAGACUCAAGGUCGGUUUCCAGGAAAGUUCUGUUUAAGGAGGUUGUUUUAGUAUCGAUUUCAGCCAGAACAGUGUUAAAGGAGCCGGUGUAUAUCUUAUCGCCAGAAACAGCCAUUUUAAACUUAGAGAAUAUCUCAUCGGAGUCAUACAGAUCGCUAAUAUUCUUGCGGACAAGCGGGUAUAUGUCAUAUUCCAUAAGGACAUUUUUUGGAUAACGAAUGUCAGUCGUCACCACAUACUGCAGGUCACGGCUAGCAAUGAUAUUGUCAGAAACAAACUGAAUAUCAGCGACCGGCUGUACAACCUCGUUGUAGAAAUCUGAGCGCUUGGGGGAAUUCACAGUUAGAACACUUUCGCCACGAGAGCAUUCUCGCAAGUCGUGCAAAAACAUUGACCCACCAGCUGUGCCGUAUAUGAACAUGUUAUUGGAGUUUUCUAGAAAUCGAGCAGUGGUGAUAACCUUAGACAGUUCUUCGUUUUUGGUUGGUUUUAGAUUAAGCGCAGUCCACGGGUCUCCUAGCUUUGCAUUUAAAAAG